GGUUUUACAAAGCGGCUGCUGUUUCUUCUCAGUCUUCCGUUUCUCAGAGCUUCGUAGCAGUCGGAUAUCUUUACCUAGCCAUCAUGGGGUUUAGUCUCAAUUUCUAGUUGCAAGUAGAACAAUCUAAUAGCAAUGGCUACAAAUACUACAUCUCGGAAUCAAAGAAAACAUGCUAUGGAGGCAUUGGAGCGAAGGUUUGCUGUUGCCAAAGCUGAGGCUCUUCAACAAACAAAGCAUGGAAAAAAGAGACCACUCGAAGAAGAUGAAAAAGGAUCAGAUUCUUUAGCUAUUGCUUCGUCAUCACAUCUAACAGAUGCAUCAGUUAUAAACUCCCCAAAUGAGUCAGCUAAGAGAGGCAAUUUCACUUUCGUGGGUUACACUACAUCACAAGAUGUGGAAUUAAGUGGUCCAACAUAUUUUCGGCUCACCCAGCCCAUGCAUGAGAAUUUGUUGGCAACUGAUGUCAAGAAAUCUAGUAGGAGAGGAAGCUCAGUUGACACGGUUUUGCAUGAUCUCUUCCAAAAUGGUGACUCAGCUCCGAAGUACUUGCAGGGAUCAAGAAGUGUGAAAAUUGACAAUUGGCUCCUCCUUGAUAAUUAUGUACAAGGACGGGGUGCAUCUACUAGUUAUGACAUCAGUGCUUUGCAGACCCACUCAAAACGCUCUAAAAAGCACAUGUCUAUGAAGCAACUUAAGAAAAGUGGAUUAUUUGAUUUACCUCAGGAGCUCCAAAGAUUUGAAACUUAUAAGCCAAUGCAUGAAAUGUGGAAGGGCUAUGUACUGCAACUAAUUAAAACCACCGGGAAAAACCAGUUGGCUCAAUGUCUUCUUAGUGCAGAUUUGCAUGGUGCUAUAAUUCUAGUUGCUGAGUGUAAGAUUGCUGCUUUCACUGGAGUGAGUGGUAUUAUGGUUCGUGAAACUGCAGAAACAUUUGGGAUAGUUACAAGAGAUGAUAAAUUCCGAGUUGUGCCCAAAAAGGGUUCUGUCUUCGUAUUCCAAGUUGACUGCUGGAAAAUUACGUUGCUGGGAGACAAACUCACUUCAAGAAAUUUGAGAUUGUGAUUUUGAUUCAGAGAUCUCCAUUCACCUUUUCAUAUUAUUAGUUCAAUACAACAGGAAAUGUGUACAUAACAUAUUCAUUCGAUUCUUU